AUGGCAGGCCUUGAGUCUGCUAAAUGGAAAGAGGCUAUGGACAGUGAGAUACAAUCCAUGUAUGACAAUCAAGUUUGGAACUUGGUUGACAAUGUACCAGGUCGCAAGACAGUCGGGUGCAAAUGGAUCUUCAAGAAGAAGACCGACAUGGAUGGUAAUGUACACACUUAUAACGCGCGGAUGGUUGCAAAGGGCUUUUCUCAAACUCCGGGAGUUGAUUAUGAUGAGACCUUUUCACCAGUUGCCAAGAUUAAAUCUAUUAGGGUUAUGCUAGCCAUUGCUGCACUUAAUGACUAUGAAAUAUGGCAAAUGGAUGUCAAAACCGCUUUCCUUAAUGGAAAGUUGGCUGAGGAUGUUUACAUGAGUCAGCUAGAGGGUUUUGUCAGUACAGAGUACCCUAAUAGAGUGUGUAAGCUUGAGAAAUCCAUUUAUGGAUUAAAGCAAGCACCUCGCAGAUGGAAUCUUUGCUUCGAUGAGAAAGUCAAAGAGUUUGCCUUUUCAAUGAGUGAAGAUGAAUCUUUUGUAUAUGUCAAGGCUAGUGGGAGUAUAGUUAGCUUUUUGGUAUUGUAUGUGGAUGACAUACUACUCAUAGGAAAUGACAUACCAAACUUGCAGGAAGUGAAGUCCUUGCUUGGGAAGUGUUUUGCUAUGAAAGACCUUGGAGAAGCUGCCUAUAUUCUAGGGAUAAGCAUUUUGACAGACCGGAGUAAAAGACUAAUUGGACUUAAUCAGAGUACCUACUUGGAUAAGGUGUUGAAUAGGUUCAGCAUGCAGAAUUCCAAGAAAGGAGAGUUACCGAUCCAGAGUAACGCCAGACUGAGUAAGACUCAGAGCCCGAGUAAAGAGGCUGAGAUAGUUGAGAUGAGUCGAGUACCUUAUGGUUCCGCUGUAGGCUCGAUCAUGUAUGCUAUGACUUGUACUCGUCUUGUUGUUGCCUUUGCAUUGAGCAUGGUCAACAGAUAUCAGGGGAACCCUUGCAAUGCUCACUGGACUGCGGUAAAGAACAUUCUCAAGUACCUGUGGAGGACUAACGAUUGGGUUCUUACCCUCGGUGGGAGUGAUGACUUGAGAGUAGAAGGGUAUAAUAAUGCUAGCUUUCAGACUGAUAGGGAUAAUUUCCGCUCUCAGUCAGGCUGGGUCUUUACCUUAAACGGAGGAGCAAUUUCUUGGAAAAGUUCCAAGCAGGAGACAGUAGCUGAUUCAACUUGCGAAUCAGAGUAUAUAGCGGCAAGCGAGGCAGCAAAGGAGGCUAUAUGGCUAAAGAACUUCAUUGGAGACCUUGGAGUUGUACCUGCUAUAAAGGAGCCUAUAGAGAUUUUCUGUGAUAGUGAAAGUACAGUUGCCUUAGCAAAGGAACCAAGGGAUCACGGGAGAUCCAGACACAUCGACAGAAAAUAUCAUUUCAUCAGACAUCGAAUAGAAGAAGGACUCCUCGUGGCAAAGAGGGUAUCAUCGGAUGAGAACCCAGCAGAUCCCCUCACGAAGGGACUGGGUAGGGUUAAGCAUCUCCAGCAUGCGAGGCGCAUAGGGCUGCAGGAUGAUAUUAGUUUUAGUAGUUAG